AAAGAUUUUGACUCCAGUUUUCUCAAGCUGCAAGAGGAGAAAUUGAUCGGGUUGUGAUUGGGAAUGGACAGCGACGAGGAGGAUUUCGUCUUCUUCGGAACGCCGAUAGAGAGGGAGGAGGACGCCACCAGCCGGAAGAAGAAGGCCGUCGCUGAAGCCUCCGGGCAAUUGCGCACCCUUCCCUCUUGGAAGCAAGAGGUCAGAGAUGAAGAGGGUAGAAGAAGAUUUCAUGGUGCAUUUACGGGUGGUUUUUCUGCAGGAUAUUUUAAUACAGCUGGAUCAAAAGAAGGAUGGACUCCACAAUCAUUUACAUCAUCUCGGAAAAGCAGAGCCGAAUUCAAGCAACAAAGCAUUUAUAACUUUUUGGAUGAUGAUGAGAAAGAUGAAAUGGAAGGACGCCUUGGAACAUCACUACAAUACGAUACAUUUGGAUUUACUGCUGCUGAACUUGCUCGCAAACAAGCUGAGAAGGAGCAAAGCCAGAGGCCGUCAGCUAUUCCUGGACCUAUUCCUGAUGAGCUAUUGGUUUCUGCAACUGAAUCCAUUGGAGCAAAAUUGCUGCUGAAGAUGGGAUGGCGCCGUGGUCGUUCAAUCAAGGACUCCAAUGCUCAAUCACUAUAUGAGGUUCGUCGAGAAGCCAGGAAAGCCUUUUUGGCACUUUCUUCUGAUGGCACAAAAGAUCAGCCUCUUGAUUCUGAACAGUUCGAGCAUAAAAUUAGUCCCAUUGAUCCUCCAAUUGAAGAUGAUAGUCAGUUUUUUAAAAGCACACCUGAUUUUGUCCUUAGUCCGAAACAAGACCUUUAUGGCUUAGGGUUUGAUCCGUUCAAGCAUGCUCCUGAAUUUAGAGAAAAGAAGAGGUUACGGAUAUCUGAAAACAAGGGGAUGGGACGUCAAGGGCCUCUUUCAAUGAAGGAUAGCCUAUUUGGUUUUAAAUCUGGCAAGGUUGCACCUGGCUUUGGAAUUGGGGCUCUUGAAGAGUUAGAUGUUGAAGAUGAAGAUGUGUAUGCUUCAGGUUUCGAGAUUGAAGGUUCAUAUUUUGAAGAUGUUGAAGAGUCUACAUUACCAGCCGUGGAGAAUGUUAAGAUGUUGGAUAUUAAAAAACAUGAUGUUCUACCUGGUUUUAAGGCUGCCUCAAACUCUGAGUAUCAGUUGGAAAGAUUUGAUCCACCAGUGGUCCCAAAAGAUUUCAUUCCCUCCCACAUGUUUACUGUUUCUCUUGAAGUCGCCAAUAGAGUCAUUGAACCUCCACCGCCAGAUUUUCCACCCCCCGGUGAUAAGAACCUUAGAAUCUUAAUUGAGGGGUUAGCAAGUUUAGUAGCUCGUGCUGGUAAACUAUUUGAGGAUCUUUCUCGGGAAAAGAACCAGGCAAACCCUUUGUUUGGUUUCCUGACUGGAGGGAGUGGCCACGAAUACUAUUCAAGGAAGCUUUGGGAGGCGAAGCAGAAGCAUAAUGACCCCAGGGGAAAGCAUUUGGAGUUCAAAUUGCAUCAAAGUUCAGAGAAGUUGACAGCAGAGAGCCGUGGAAAUAUUUUAGGAGAGAAGCCUCUAGAAAGAACUUUGAGAGAGGCAAGCCCAACUGUAACUGUUGCUGAUGCCGUCAGUUUCCCGUCUAGUCUCAUGGAAACAUUUACCAACUCUUCGUCGGGCGAGAUUCCAGAAGCGGGAAAACCUUUCCGAGAUGAUCCAGCAAAACAACAAAGAUUUGAAAACUUCUUGAAGGAGAAAUAUCAAGGUGGUCUCCGCCCUAAAGAUUCAGGAGGAUCAAGUACAAUGUCAGAGGCAGUCCGUGCUCGUGAAAGGUUAGAAUUUGAGGCUGUUGCUGAGGCUAUACAGAAAGGGAAAUGGGGGAAAGAAAGCAAACCCUUGAAUGAGUUCUUUUCAGAUACGAUAGCGGUAGCCGCGUCAAGAUUCACAUCUAGCACAGUUGAGAACACUAAAGUAGAUCUCUCUGCGGAUUUAGCUAAAACUAAACUGUAUCCACAAAGGGAAGAGUUUCAAUGGCGACCUUCUCCUAUUCUCUGCAAGCGUUUUGAUCUAAUUGACCCCUACAUGGGCAAGCCACCAGCAGCCCCGCGUGCGAGGAGCAAAAUGGAUUCCCUUGUGUUCAUGACAGAUUCUGUUAAAAGUAGAAAGGUGGAGGAGUGUGUUACUGAUAGGAGACUUACUGUUCUUGAGGCCAUCCAAGAUGACUCAAGGGAAACUUCUAAAGAUGAUAUGGAGGUUGAGAUAAAAGUCGAAAAUGUUGAAAGGCCUGUUGAUCUAUACAAGGCUAUAUUUUCAGAUGAUUCAGAUGAUGAAGAAGAAAUGAUUAAUCACUCCACAGUUGAGGAGCCUAAAAAGAAGGUAGAUGUUGCUAAUACAACUCUAAACCGUUUGAUUGCCGGUGACUUCUUAGAAUCAUUAGGUAAGGAACUAGGUCUCGAAGUCCCCCCAGAUGCACCACCACCUUUUCAAGAAACCAAACCUGCCCCUGAAGACGAGAAGGGUGGUCCCACUCGUAAUAAUAAUAAUAAUAAUAUUAAUAAUAAUGAUAAAAAUAAAAUCAAUAACACAGCAGAAGCCGAAAGAGGCACCCCUCUCCAUGAGUAUGAAACAUCUUCCACUGAUAAUGCUAGAAAUCUAGCAUCCACACCUCAUACUACAAACAAUAAUAUUCCACAAAAAGGUGAAACCACGAAAGCUGAAGCUGGUCGGCCGCAUCAUGGCUGGAGUAGUGAUGAUUCCUCAGAAGGGGACAAGAGGAGUGGGAAACGGAAGCACCGCAGUCGUAGACGAAGGACUAGCUACAGUUCAGAUAGUGAUUUGUCUGAGGAUUAUAAGCGCAAAAAGGAUAGAAGAGAACAUAAGCGGUCAUCAAGGGAGUCAAAGCACCAUAAGCAUCGGAGACGGGGCUCACCCACCAGCAGAUCUUCUCACCAUGGUUCUCGAAAAGAAGUCAGGGAAUCCCGAAGAGAGAAACACAGACAUAAAGAAUAAGAGUAUGUAUGACCCGCCGGUUUGAUUAAGAAUUACGGAAGUUGGGUUUUGGCGAGGAGGGGGGGGGGGGUUGAAGAUUUUUUUAUAUCUCUUCCUCCCAAAUGAAACACGCCAUAAGGGGAUCACAUCUAUCUUUUGCCAUAUUUGAAGUUGCAUUGUGUUGCUGGAGAUGCUGUGACCAUUGUGGUUUUCCUAAAGGUCUUAUGAUCAUCCAGUUUUGACUUUGAACAUACAUACGAGUUAUUGCUUGCAAAAUAUUUGGAAAAUAUGGCAGAGACAAAACAUUGGGUGAUAAUGGAUGCAUGUAGGGG